CUUUUACAAGAAUACCUAUCCUAAAACCAACAAUACCUCGAAUGCAGGAUUAACAGCUUCAUAAUUGCCAUAAGGCAAGAUGCGUCAAUACGUUACAGCCUUCCUGGCUUCAGCUCCUAUAGCUUUGGCAAGUCAAACCGUGUUCAGCGUGCACGAUGACUUGCUAGCAUUCCCCCAGUAUGAAGUAAUCUUCUCCGACUCCUUCGUAUCCAAUGCAGAAGCCAGCCUCAUAGUUGAGCAAGCCUCUUCCGCGAUUCACGAUCCUCCGCAGAGCUCUACAACGGAUGGCAUCCAAUCUCGCCGUGGAGCUCACAGCUCUUCUGCUGCCGAUGUACCCUUUGAUCCCUCCCACGAAACUUACGAAUACAUGUACUUGAACGGAGAACAACACCUAUGCACUAUACCCAUAGUUGAUACCCCGCCAAAGAACGAGACGUCCGCCGCCGAAGCUCGAGCUGCAGAACAAAAGGAGUUAGCACGCGCCACUGACAAGGGCUGGGAAUUGCUUCAAGAUCUCGAGGGCAAUUGCUUAUAUUUUGUCUCUGGAUGGUGGUCGUAUUCGUUCUGCUACAACAAUGAGAUUACCCAAUUCCACCAGCUUCCUCCACAGCCUGGCAAGCCCCUACUUCCGCCGCAACGAGAUCCUACCACCAAACAAUUUGUGCUGGGAAAAGCACACGGCAAAGAGAGCACAGAGGACGAAUGGGGCAACCAAAUAGAUGUCCACAGAGGCAAGCAAUCGGAUGAACCGCCGAAGACGGAGCUACAGGUCAAAGGCGAUAGUCGAUAUCUGGUACAGAAGAUGGAUGGUGGGACAACAUGCGAUCUUACCGGCAAGCCGAGAAGAGUCGAGGUACAAUUCCACUGUAAUCCUCACGUCACAGAUCGCAUUGGUUAUAUCAAAGAAGUCACAACAUGUUCGUAUUUGAUGGUAGUAUACACUCCUCGACUCUGCAGCGAUGUUGCUUUCAUGCCACCAAAAGAGACCAAAGCGAAUCCAAUCGUUUGUCGCAUAGUGGUUCCAGAGGAUGAGCUUACCUAUAGACGAGAACUAAUGCUCAUCGACGCCAGACUGGAGGCCGAUACGCAAAAAGAGAAACCUGUUAACGUUGGUGGGCUGAUUGUGGGGGCCGGGAAGUGGAUGAAUAAGGAGGGGCAGCGGAUGCCAAUUCCCAAAGAUUUCGGGAAGGAGAAUCAAGGCAAGGUCACAGAGAUUAUUGCUAAGGCGAAGAGUAAGGCUGAAGGCGGCAACGUCGAGAUGCUGAGUGAAACAGAGAUGAAGAAAAUUGAUCUGGAUCCUGAGAUGGUGGAGCAGCUGAAGCAUGAGGUUCAGAAAAUGGCCAAGGAGAAGGGAUGGAGAAUUGAGGUGGUGGAUGCUCCAGGACAGAUCAGAGAGAUACUAGGCAUUGUGGACGAAGAUGAUGAAGCAGAAGACGACGAAGGAAGUGAGGAGAUCUUCUACAAAGACGAGCUGUAGAGGUUCGUCUUAAUUGGAGAAUGUACACCAUGAUACCUGAUUCAAUUCCGUACUGCGGAGUUCAAUGGCGUUUGGAUUAUAGGGUUCAAUUCGAAGUCUUCUGGAAUCGACGGGCCUCGCGUCGAGCUUUCCAUUACCUACCGCUUGCCGUUCCUUUGACAAGCGACAGCGACUGCAUGCACCAAGUUCUCAGAGGCAAUCGACCUCUCGUACCAAUAAUAUCUCACUG